AUGGGAGACUUCGAUUCCAAUCCAACACUACUAUCGAUCGGAAUCCCAUCCAGCCGCCACUUCCUGAAGGAAGAAGCUAUGAGAUUUCACCGGAGAUCAUUGGUUUGUGCAGGAGGUGCACCCAAAGAGUACUUAAAGUGCAAACUAUUCUCUUUCACUUUGACAGGGAAGGCUUUGCGCUGGGUUAAGUCUCUUCCAGCUCAAUCCAUAACCACAUGGAAAGAGUACAAGGUGGCAUUCCUAGGUCACUUUUUCACAAAGCAGAGAGCAAACUUGUUGAGAGAAAAGAUCUCUAGUUUCCAACAAGGGCCGGUGGAGCCUUUUCAUGAAGCAUUGGAGCAUUUCAAGGACUAUACAAGAGAGUGUCCUAACCAUGGCUAUCUGAGGGCAGUCUAUGGAACAUUUUCUACAGAGGAAUAA